CUCUGUGUCCAAAAAGCCUUGCUAUUUCUGUCUCUGUUUUCCGGUCCUCCACCUGAUUAGAUCCCUCCCCUCCUCCCUAUUCCCUUCGUUGGAUCGAUCGAUCGAUUCGUCGCUUGGUCGGCUCGUGAAUCUUCUGUCCAAGAUGGAGGCGAUUGAGGAGUUACUUCAGCUCUCCGAUUCCAUGCGGCAAGCCUCCGCCCUCCUCGCCGACGAGGAUAUCGACGAUAACUCAUCGUCUUCCAACCGACGCGCCACCACUUCCCUCAAUGUCGUCGCUCUUGGCAAUGUUGGUGCUGGAAAAUCGGCUGUAUUAAAUAGUUUAAUUGGACAUCCAAUUUUGCCUACUGGUGAAAAUGGUGCUACUCGUGCUCCGAUAAGUGUUGAUUUAUCCAGGGAUAGUUCUGUAAGCAGCAAGUCCAUUGUCUUGCAGAUUGACAACAAAUCGCAACAAGUUUCCGCAAGUGCUCUUCGGCAUUCAUUGCAAGAUAGGCUGAGUAAGGGUUCAUCAGGAAGGGCUCGUGAUGAGAUAUAUUUGAAACUCCGCACUAGCACAGCUCCACCAUUAAAGUUGAUCGACUUACCAGGUCUGGAUCAAAGGUUUAUGGAUGAUUCAAUGAUCAGCGAGUAUGUUGAGCAUAAUGAUGCAAUUCUGCUGGUUAUAGUACCUGCUUCUCAAGCAUCAGAAAUUUCGUCAGCUCGGGCCCUUAAACUUGCAAAAGAAUAUGAUGCUGAAAGUACUAGAACUGUCGGUGUCAUUAGCAAGAUUGAUCUAUCAGCUACAGACUCAAAAGCACUAGCAGCUGUUCAGGCUCUCUUGUCAAAUCAGGGACCGCCUAAAACAUCUGAUAUUCCAUGGAUUGCUUUAAUUGGACAGUCUGUUUCUAUAGCUUCAGCACAGUCUGGUGCAGGGUCUGAGAGCUCUUUAGAAACUGCCUGGCGUGCUGAGAGCGAAAGUCUGAAAUCUAUAUUAACCGGAUCCCCUCAAAGCAAGCUUGGUAGAGUAGCUUUAGUUGAUGCUCUUGCAGGUCAGAUUCGCAAUCGUAUGAAGCUCAGAGUUCCAAAUCUGCUCUCUGGGCUUCAGGGAAAGUCUCAGCUCAUUCAGGAUGAGUUGGUGAGGCUUGGGGAACAAAUGGUCAGUAGUGCUGAAGGUACAAGAGCUCUAGCUUUGGAGCUAUGUCGUGAGUUUGAAGACAAAUUUCUUCUGCAUAUUACAGGCGGUGAGGGCAGUGGUUGGAAGGUUGUGGCAAGUUUUGAGGGUAAUUUCCCUAACCGAAUCAAGCAACUUCCUUUGGACAGGCACUUUGACAUUAAUAAUGUCAAGAGGAUUGUAUUAGAGGCAGAUGGUUAUCAACCUUAUCUGAUAUCUCCAGAGAAAGGGCUAAGGUCUCUGAUAAAAAUUGUCCUAGAAAUGGCAAAGGAGCCCUCACGACUCUGUGUUGAUGAGGUCCAUCAUGUACUCGUGGAUAUUGUUUCUGCAGCUGCAAGUGCUACACCAGGUCUUGGAAGAUAUCCUCCUUUCAAAAGAGAGGUUGUGGCAAUAGCUAGUGCAGCAUUAGAUAACUUCAAGGAUGAGGCCAAGAAAAUGGUGGUUGCCCUUGUUGAUAUGGAGCGUGCAUUCGUUCCUCCCCAACACUUCAUCCGAUUGGUGCAAAGGCGAAUGGAGAGGCAGCGUCGGGAGGAAGAACUCAAAAACCGAUCAUCCAAGAAAGCCGUUGAAGCAGAGCAAUCUAUGCUAAACAGAGCUUCAAGUCCUCAAACUGGGGUUCAACAAACUGGAGGUAGCUUAAAAUCUAUGAAAGAUAAGUCUGCUCAGCAAGACAAGGAUGUUCCAGAGGAACCAACACUGCAAACUGCUGGGCCUGGAGGGGAGAUAACUGCAGGAUUUUUGUCAAAGAAAAGUGCAAAAACAAAUGGAUGGAGUAGGAGAUGGUUUGUACUAAAUGAGAAAACUGGCAAGCUCGGCUACACCAGAAAGCAAGAAGAAAGACAUUUCCGUGGUGUCAUCACUUUGGAGGAAUGUAACAUAGAAGAAAUUUCUGAUGAAGAUGAACCACCACGGAAAAGUUCCAAGGACAAAAAAGCAAAUGGACCUGAAAAAGGGCCAAGUCUUGUUUUCAAGAUAACUAGCAAGGUUCCGUACAAGACCGUUUUAAAAGCCCACAGUGCUGUGGUUUUGAAGGCCGAAAGCGUGGCAGAUAAAAUUGAGUGGUUAAACAAGAUAAGAAAUGUUGUUCAGCCUUCCACGGGAGGUCAAGUAAAGGGCGAAUCCAGUGUUCCUAUACGACACAGCCUUUCAGAUGGUUCUCUGGAUACAAUGGCGGCUAGAAGACCUGCAGAUCCAGAAGAAGAACUCCGAUGGAUGUCUCAAGAAGUACGUGGUUACAUUGAGGCUGUUCUUAACAGCCUCGCUGCUAAUGUUCCAAAGGCUGUUGUUCUUUGCCAAGUUGAGAAGGCCAAGGAAGACAUGCUUAAUCAGUUAUACAGUUCAAUCAGUUCCCAAAGCACAGCAAGAAUUGAAGAACUCCUUCAAGAAGACCGGAAUGUAAAACACAAGCGGGAACGGUACCAAAAACAGUCUUCUCUUCUCUCAAAACUGACAAGACAACUUAGUAUUCAUGACAAUCGAGCAUCUGCCGCCUCCAGCUGGGCCAAUGAUGGCAACAGUUCAGAAAGCAGCCCAAGAACCAAUGGAACUGUGCCAGGCGACGACUGGAGGUCUGCAUUUGAUGCUGCAGCCAAUGGCCCUACUGAUUCAAGAUUAGGUUCGAGCCAUAGUAGGCGUUAUAGUGAUCCUGUGCAAAAUGGUGAUGCCCACUCCACAUCCAAUCCCGGUGGCCGGCGUACACCUAAUCGGUUGCCACCUGCUCCACCACAGUCUGGUUCAGCUUACAGAUACUAGUUGGAGCCUAUUGUUGGUCAUGUUACAGAUCCCGGUUUGCCUGGUACUUUUAGCAUGUUCAAGAUCCCAUGAUGUUAUAGAGAUCGAUAGAAAUGGGUAAAUAUGGCAUUGAUGUAUUGUUUGUCCUUCCAUUAGCAUUUAUAUUAUUUCCAGGGAUGCUGUCACCGGUUCACCAAAUUUUGCUCUGUACUUUUGUUGUAUCAUUCUCCUUUUUCAGUUUUUGUAACUGGUUUAUUUUUCUAGGAGCUGCAUUUUCCGGAGAUUGUCUGAUCAGACCGCCAACUUUUGUAA